AUGCCUCUAGAAGAUGUUAAAACUUUAGAAGAAAAAAAUUAUAAACGUCUCAGACAUUUAAUAAAUUCAACAUUUGUCGUGGGCAUUAAUAUCACAGCUCCAUCAAGAUUUAAGGAUAAUUUAAGGAUAUUGUCAAUUUAUUUAUUACUAACAAGUACAUUCACUUUAUGGGGACAUUCAAAUUACAUAGUCAGAAAUACAAAUAAUGUACAUCUUAUGAUAGAGAGCAUGUGUACAUUCUUACAAAUUUUAAUUUCUUAUUUAAAAAUAAGCUACAUGGCAGUUGUUCAACUUCGUUUCCAUAAAUUGAUACAUUUAGUCGAAACAUAUGAGUUGAUCAAUCGAUUUGAACUUUUGUCGAAAGAAACACCAUAUAAUAGGGAGUUAAGAAAAGAUGCUAUCAAAAUUCUGGACCAAUCUUGGACAUUCGGAACGAGACAGUUUAAUUUUUAUAUGGGGGCUUGUAUUACAAUUAUAAGCUACUACUUUGUUUUGGCCAUGGGUACAAAUAUUUAUCACACAACUAUUGGAACUGCUAAUUAUACAAAUAUAUUACCUUGUGCCGCUUACUUUCCAUUUUGGCAAGAUAAAAUGAGUCACUCUCUGCAGUUCUAUACUCUUGUUGUUCUUGUAGUUUCGGGAAUGUCAAUAGCUUCAACAGGUGCAUUAUGUUUUGAUGGAUUUUUUAUAUAUACAGCUUGUCAUGGAUCUGCCUUAAUUCAAAUUCUUAAGAAAGCAAUUCCCUUCACAACAUCUCCUCAAGUUCCUAAAUCACUUCGUCUAGGUUAUUUGCGUCAGUGUAUUCACCAAUAUGAAAGGACUUAUCAGUAUUGUGCGGAACUCAAUGACUUAUAUCUUCAAAUCACUUUGGCACAGUUUCUUUUGAGUUUGGUUAUUUUGGGAUUAGUAAUGUUUCAAGGAACCGUUGGAUUUGAAACCGACUAUGUUCUAUUUUUAAGGAUGGCAUUUUAUAUUUCUGCUGCUGGUUAUGAAGUAAUUAUUUAUUGUUUAAAUGGACAAUCAAUUAAUAGUGAGAGUGAAGGAAUAACAAAUGCCUGGUAUGAAUGUGAAUGGUACAACGAAUCAAAGGAGUUUAAAAAACUUAUUCAAAUGAUCAUGAUGAGAUCCAACAAAACCAUAGUUAUGAGAGCCUCUUGGUUUUCCACGAUGUCCUUACCAACUCUUUUGAAUAUUAUUCGAACUAGUGGCUCUUAUUUUCUUCUGCUUCGUAAUGUGACUUCUUAAAUUAAUAACAAAGCAAAAUACAGUUGAAACUCGAUUAUCCGGGAUUCGAUUAACCGGAACGCUCUAUUAUCCGUGAUAAAAAUAUUUGACAUUUUUCCUCGACAACAAAGACAAUGUAUUUAUUUAAACUCUAUUACCCGUU